UUUCUCCAUAACUUGCAAUUGUUUGCGGUAAUCAUGCCUCUGUUUGAUUUGACAACAAACGUAAAAGAAGUUCCUGAAAAUUUCCACAAGGAGACUACAGAAUUAGUCGCACAACUUUUGGGAAAACCGAGCACGGUAAGAAUAUUCACAUUAACAUGACUAGCGGCGGACAACGUUUUGAAUGGCGAGAUCAACCCAAUUUUUUUUCCACGAAUAAUAAGCUUUAUAGGUGUCUCUCGAUUACAGUCAAUUCCCGUUAUAGCCGACACCCUCGGGACCGCGAUUUGGUGUCCGUAAAAGCGAGAGUCCGUAAUAGCGGGGUGCGAGAAAAUUUUUAUUUUAAACCAUAUUUACGGAAGGGGGUCAUAUGUGUGUUCAUUUUCAUUAACUCUAGUACCUUUUUCAGACCGUUAUCGCAAGUAAAGAGCGUCAGAACUUUAUUUACAAACAGAACAGAACUUAACAGAACAGGAGUUACGUACCCUUUGUGUACAGUAGCUCUUCUAAGUACGUAAAAACAAUCAUCGUAUGUUGCAGCAAUGUCCACACAUGCAUCGUUUUGGUUUCCUACUGUACUGAAGUACAGUAAUCUACACUUCUAAAAAAAAUUAUUUUCAAGGAAAAACCUGAACAUCAGCUAUUGAUUGCAUCAGCUAUCACAUUGCCUUAAAAUAUCGUUACAAUCAGCUCUGUGUACUUCUCCUUUGAAUUGCAACUUCCCCACUUUGUCGCCAAGGAGACUAAAUUCGUNGGGUGCGAGAAAAUUUUUAUUUUAAACCAUAUUUACGGAAGGGGGUCAUAUGUGUGUUCAUUUUCAUUAACUCUAGUACCUUUUUCAGACCGUUAUCGCAAGUAAAGAGCGUCAGAACUUUAUUUACAAACAGAACAGAACUUAACAGAACAGGAGUUACGUACCCUUUGUGUACAGUAGCUCUUCUAAGUACGUAAAAACAAUCAUCGUAUGUUGCAGCAAUGUCCACACAUGCAUCGUUUUGGUUUCCUACUGUACUGAAGUACAGUAAUCUACACUUCUAAAAAAAAUUAUUUUCAAGGAAAAACCUGAACAUCAGCUAUUGAUUGCAUCAGCUAUCACAUUGCCUUAAAAUAUCGUUACAAUCAGCUCUGUGUACUUCUCCUUUGAAUUGCAACUUCCCCACUUUGUCGCCAAGGAGACUAAAUUCGUUAGCAACCUUCAACUCCCCUCUAUGAAUCAAAAAAGCAGAAAUGUUUUGGACACUGUCCAGAACGUCCUUGAAACUUUUCAAAGUGGUUGUUUCGUUUAAGCGUUCGCCUUCACCUGGGGUAUCUUUUUUUUUUCCAUUUCAUUCUCGUCGUCGCUCUCUAUUUCCAUGACAUCGUGAGAAGUACCAAUGGCCUCCAGCAGCAGUUGUUCAGUAAGAAUACUGUAACAGGUUGGAAGUUCGUUAUCGGACUCCAGGUAAGUACUGAAAAAAAAGGGGUAACCACAAGGCAACAGCAGAAAUCUGUGGAAAACGGAUCAAUCGAGGAUCUGGCUUGGGACUGGAACUUCCAGUUAUUUAUAAGAUUUACGGCGGAAGGAAUUCGAAAUAUUUGGACAGACUGGACGAACUUAUUCAUGGCAGCGAGAGUGCAAAGAGGGCCUUAAGAGAAAAAGAUGAAGGAAUUUUGAUUGAUGGACAGAAGAAGUGGAAAUCGACCAAAAAAAGACAAAGACAGUCUCAAAAAGCAGAAAAAAUAGACGUGAUAUGUGUGCAAAUAUUCCAAGAUGCUGCUCGGUGUCCGCUAUAACGAGAGAGAAAACAAUAAAAUUGUGACGUUGGGACCAAAUAAAGUGUCCGUAAGUUCGUAGUAGCGAGAGUCCGUAAUAGCGGGAGUUUAUUUCAGUCAAACGUCUGUAACUUUCGCCGGGGAUUUUGCUGCUGUCCGUAAUAGCGGGGUGUCCGUAAUAGCGAGGUGUCUGCAAGGCGGGAGUUGACUGUAGUCAGUUUUCCUUGAAGUACAUGUGGUAAACCAGUUUGAGAGUUCCUCCCCAGCGACUCCUCGUCCUGUGGCCGGAAGAGUAGGGUGAUGGUGGUGGUGGGGGGGGGGAUGGGUGGGUUUGGGUUAGUCAACAAAUUUUUCCGUGUACUAUACAUUGUACUCAUGAUCUGUCUCCUCACUGGCUAAGAGCCUACAGCUAAUUUUGAAAAUCAGUGCAACCUACAGAUUAGUUAGUUAUCUGCUAGUGAGUAACUGACUCAUCUGUAGGUUACGUGCACAGUGCAUGAUUUUAUAUCAAUAAAUUAUUGUCUUUAUUCAGGUUCCUUUUGACUGUGUGUUUGUCAUUAUUUUCUUCAAAACAAUGGAUAAUAAAAACAUCAUUAGAUUCGCUUUUUGUGAUAUCCUAAAUAAUGAAGGUCUCGGUAAGUGUUAUCAGCCUUGGCCUUGGGUUUGGCUGAUAACACCCACCUCGACUUUACGGAUAUCACAAAAACCUCAUUGUUUCAUAGGUGGGGUGAAUGGCAGAAUGACGAACAGGAAUGGCAGAAUAUGGAAUAUUCUAAUAUACGGAACGUGCUAAAACAUGGAAUUUACAGAAUAUUCUAAAACAAAACAGAACUAAAAUGCAGAAAAAACUCGAACCAUGUUUAAGCUCAUGACAAGUAAAAAAUAUACUUAAUCAUUGUUUUGGAGGCCCUCUUGAUGGGUGGGAAACUGCGUGAAAAUAAAAUUGUGCGGGAAAAAUUGCAGACAAAUGUCUUGAUAAUCUAAUAAUCGAUAAUUGACUGGAUAAAUUUAGGCACAGCUAUGGCCCCGAUUAUUGUUAGUACAAUCCUUUGCUGUGUAGCCUGUUCACAGACCUUCUAUUUUCUCUUCAAAGUCCGUCGAGCGCAGGUGAUAAAAUAUAAACUGCAGGGGAUUUAGCUCGCCCGAUGUUUUCAAAAAGAAUGAAAAGAAAAAUAAAACAAUAUCUGUGUACAGACUAUUUGCUGUGAAACUUAAGUUUACAGUUACAGCUGUUUUUACGAAAAUUAUCCGACAUUAGAUUCCCAUAAAAACACUGUAAUUUAUUAUGCGGGUGCCUACCCAUCAAGAUGGCUUCCAAAACCAUGAUACGGUCAACAGUGUACGACAGUACAAAGACUGAAUUUUAAUUAUUUAAAACAACCAUGCCUGGUCAUUACAAGAAAAUAAUGCCCACUUAGGAGCCAAUCAGAGCAUGUGUAUUAUUGAAGCCAUAAUAAUAAGACAUGCUAUUGUUCUUCUUAAUAUGAUGAACAGGUUGUUGGAGUGCAAGUCAAUGCUGGAGCAAAGUUAACAUUUGGAGGGACUGAUGAAAACUCUGGGAUGCUUCACAUCUACUCAGCAGGGAAACUAGGGCCAGAAAAAAAUAGUGAAUAUGCCAAAGCUUUUUCCGAACACCUGGAGAAGCAUUUCAGAAUUCCAAGUGGAAGGUAAAAAAAUCUGGCUUUAAAAAAAUCUUGCUUUGCAAACCUUUAGAUAUCUAAACAUUUAACAAUCAAUGAGCUCUGAAGCUUGCUGAGUUGGACAGUGCAACCAAACUAUUUUCUUAAGAUAAAAGACAAAAAUUUCCUAAAACAGUUGUUAAGAUCUCAAAUGAAUUUUGUUCCACUUGUCAGUGGUCAUGGACUGACAGCUGACUCUUUCUUUCUUCUUUCUUCUUUUUUGUUUCAAUGAAAGCUCAGAAGUACAUUGAUUGCAGCUGCCAUCUUGAAAAAUUAUUGCAAAACUGAGGGAGGAGGAGCAGGCAAGGGGGAGGAGGAAAAGAGGAAAUUUUUUUUCACUCCUCCCCCGUCCCCUUCCUCUAUUUUAACACAUUAACCUCUCGGUGGCAGGAGAAGAUUAGUAUUAUGGUUUGCACUGCAAAAUACUCCUGCUUUGCAGGCUACCAUCUUCUUUCUUCAAAUUGUUUCCAUAAAAGCAAGGGAUCCCUUUUUUCCCUUCCUUGAACCCACACACCCUCAGGAACAAUCUUUCUUUGACCUGGUAGAGUAUUAUUUUAAUAUUAUGAUUGUAAACAAGUUCCUGUUACAUGAUGGAAAGUCUAUGGUUUUGUAUUAACAUGGCGCCACAUAAGCUGAUACAGCAUGAGUGGACAUUUGAAAAUGAUUCCACUUCUUUCUUGGUAAAGUGUCUUUAUCAUGAUCAGGUUAGUGUGUGUCAAUUUACUGGAAUAUUGAUUUAACUACCAAUAUUGGUGUUGCUAUUGAGGUUUUGGUUUGGUUGCUACUGUCAUGCAGGGAGGUGGUCACUAUUUUUAGAAUUUACUGGUGGCCUCAACCUUUCUUCAGUCAAUUUGUACUGGUAACAGAACUUCGUGUCCUCCAAUUCGGUCUGUAAUCAUUGAGUGAUUAACAAAAUCGAACGACCGCAUAGCGGGAGUCUGGUUUGUUUAAUCACUAGUAUGAUUACAGACCAGAUUGGACGACACGAAAUCCUGUUACCAAUUAAUCAUAACGUUAACAAAAUUUGUGAUAUAUGACUCUUUUUUGAAUCAUAACACAAGUCCAAGAUAUAUAUUUUUUGAAACUAGCAGUGAAAAAAGCUGUUUAAGCACGCCUGACAGUGCGUACUGUCCUAUUAAGGCUGACAUCAGGGCAGUUGAUAGCCAAUCAGAUUUGAGAAUUUUGUUAUAGUUAUGAUUAGGGUAAUAAUUGUUGUUUUGGGGGUACCCUAACCUCCUUUGCUGGAGACUCAAUCUCAUGCAAUAAAUCUUAAAAUGACAAUUAUUACAUUUAGAAUCCUGAUUUCUUGGACCCUUUCUCACGAUUCAAGUAAAAUCCAACUUCCCUUUAUCAGUCAAACAUUGUCAUAUAUUUUGACCCAUUCAGUGGUGGAUCCAGACCUUGGGGGGGGGGGGGGGGGGGGGGGUGGGGGGGGGGGGGGUGGGGGGGGGGGCCGGUCAUUCAGACCCUGAGAUAAGGGGGGCCCAGUCUCCAAAAAAAUUUUUCAAGCCCUCCGGGCCUCAGUUUGACUAAACCGAAGUGGGGGUUUGGGCUCCCUGAGCCCCUCCCAUGGAUCCGCCACUGCCACUGUAAUUUGAACCAAUUUGCUUUUCUCAUUUAGUUCAAAAAAUUGUGAUUCUGCUGAAAAAACUAGGUUGCAAAAACCUCAGCCCUUAUCAGCUGAUUGUAUCUGUUUUAAUAAAUGUUGGUAAUUUUUUGCAGGUUGUUUAUCUUUUUCCAUGACAUUGCAAGAAGUGACUUGGCUUGGAACAGCAAAACCUUGGCUGGAAAGUGA